UAAAUGUCUGAGUGCCUACACCAUAUCUAAUCUUCACUAAAUCGCCCUACCUUUGUCGAAAUUCCAAAAUUGCCCUCAAUGUUUCUUCAUAAGGACAAGGGUGCUGACGACCUCGAACGACGAGACGCACGGUCCGGUUAGGCUCGCACCACAACGCGCAAAGGUCAUUUCUUCUUUCGCGCUCAACAACCCCAAUGGCUCAUAGCUGGCAACCUCCUGUUGGGGCAAGGAAAACUGCAUCAAGGACAAAAUAGACAAUUCAAAACACAAAAAAUUAAUUUGGCGAGCUAAUGUCAAUAAGAGGACUGCCGUGGUAGGCCCGUUCCACUAGGAAAAACGAAAAAAAACUUUGUUAAUUUCUUUUUUUUGAAGGAAUAUUAAUUAAUGUAUAUUUUUCCAAGCCUAAAGCCUUCGAAUUUCUCCAUGAAAUUUUAAUUGGACUGUUAUUGUUAAAUUCCAAUUUUACCCACAAGCCUUUGUUAGGAUAUAACUCGAAUUGGCCAAACGGUGGCGUUUUGGACACUUGAUAAUGAUGGACAAUCUAGUAAUUUGGAGUCUUUUUUUUUCCAUUUUUUGCCCUUUUUCGACGGCCAAUCAUCUGCUGUUCUCAGGUGCGCUUCCGUUCGAAGCUUACAUUUUUGGUUGUCCUCAAAAUUCAGAAAUAAAAAAGAAAGAAAAGGAGAAAGAUUUUCAGAUGAUUUUCUUCGUUGCUGAAAAAUGGAGUCCAAAACCCUAACGAUUAUCAAAGCUCGAAAACAGCUGUCCAUGUUCAACUCUCUCCGGGGGAUGUUUCAAUCGGCUAAAGCAUUCCAUUUUUUCUUGGUUCUGUCAUGUACCCUUUUUUGCUUAACUACAUGUGAACCAUGUUCUGUAAAUGGGAUGCUGAAAAUGGAGGAAUAUGAGGGGUGUGAGUACUAUGGAGAUAAUCAUCGUACUGGUUUUCAAGAAACUAUUGUUGGUGAUACAAAUUCUGGCUAUGAUACAGGAACUUCUAUGACUCGUUCAAGUGUUGAGAGUAUCUGCAGUGAUACUCAUUCGUUCUGUUUUCCUUCAACAUUGCCCGGCUUUUCAACUGAAGAGAGUACACUUGAAGUAGACGGUUUAGAAGUUUCUAGGAGUCAGUCUGGUAGUGCUUCAUCUUAUGUAGAACCAAGUAAGCUUAGGGGGCAAGCAAAUAACAAAAGUUGGCUUUCUAACCAUGGCAUGUUUAAAUUAUUAAAUGGAAGGAUGGUUUCUUGUUCUUUAGAUUCAAGAGCUGGUAUCCAUGAGUUUUUGUCCAUUGUUACAGGUGGUGCUAAUCUAAAUGAUAUUUCUUCGUGUAGAGGACCUUUACUAAGUCAGAAGAGUACAAGUGUUAGGAUGAAAAAAAACAGAGAGGUGGCAAAAUUAGGUUCUUUUGAUGGUUUAUCUUCACCUAAUGUAGAAAUAAGUCCCCCUAUGAUGGAUUGGGGACAUAAAUAUUUAUUUUUACCUUCAGUGGCUUACUUGACAGUUGCAAAUACAUGCAACGACAGCAUUUUAGAAGUCUAUGAACCAUUCAGUACCAAUAGACAGUUCUAUCCCUGCAAUUUUAGUGAGCUUUUGUUAGGACCUGGUGAAGUAGCUUCAAUAUGUUUUGUUUUUUUACCUAGAUGGGUGGGCUUAUCAUCGGCUCACCUUAUCUUGCAGACAAGCUAUGGUGGUUUCCUUGUUCAGGCUAGGGGGUUCGCUGUUGAGUCUCCAUAUGAGAUUCAGCCAUUAGUUAGCCUGGAUAUUCCUUCUAGUGGACAGUUGAGUAAGAAUUUGUCUUUGUUCAAUCCUUUUGAUGAAACUGUCUAUGUGGAGGAAAUAACUUCAUGGAUAUCAGUUUCUCUAGGGAACAUUACCCAUCAUACUGAAGCAGUUUGUAGUAUAGAAAACUCCCAGGGCUAUAAUGGGCACAGCUUACUUAGUGCUGAGGAUUGGUUGGUCAUGAACAUCGGUAAAUCUGGUUUUCCACUUAUGGCUAUGAGGCCAAACAGGAACUGGGAGAUCAAUCCUCAAAGCAGUGAGACCAUCAUGGAGAUUGAUUUAUCAUCUGAAUCAAAAGGAAAAAUUUUUGGUGCUUUCUGCAUGCAGUUGGGGAGGUCCUCGCAAGAGAUGUCUGAUAUAGUUAUGGUUCCUCUUGAAGUUGAUUUUGACAGCAAAGCAUCCUAUGACAAUCAUGCAAGUUCUCUUUCAGUUUCUCUUGAUGUUCUGGUGCCAUAUGAUGGCAGUGAAACUGUUUUUGUGGCCAUCUCUUUGAAAAAUGCUGCUCCGUAUGUGCUGAGUGUUGCCAAGAUUAGUGAAGUUGCAGAUACAAAGGUUUUCCACAUCAAGUACAUGGAAGGGUUGCUGCUUUUUCCUGGUGCUGUUACGCAGGUUGCUGUGAUUACUUGCACUAAACUGCCAGUUGAAAUUCAUGACUAUGCUUCUGAAGUAUCCAACAUGAUCAGAAGUUGUAAAUUGCUUAUAAUGACAAAUGAAUCUAUUGGCCCUCUGAUUGAAGUUUCUUGUGAGGAUAUAAUCCAUAUUUGUGUGAAACAUCAGAAAGAUUCAUCCAUGGCUUAUGAGCAUCAGUCUGAAAAGGUUAAAUCCGACCAUAUAAGGACAGUGUCCUUGGAUGACGGCAUGCAACUGGCAUCAUGGGCCAAGGUGUUGCAGACAGCAGAAGCAGAUGAAUUGGUACUUAUGAACUGGAAAUCUCAAGGUACCAUAGGUGGCAUGUCAGUGCUUGAUGAUCAUGAGGUACUGUUUCCAAUGGUUCAAGUCGGAAGUCACUGCUCCAAGUGGAUCACUGUAAAAAAUCCUAGCAAGCAGCCAGUUAUAAUGCAGCUCAUUCUUAACUCAGGAGAAAUUGUUGAUGAGUGUAGGAGCCAAGAUGUUUUUAUGAAGCCCCCUUAUGGUAGCUUGGCUCAUAAUUCAUCUACUAUUCCAAAUAGAUUUGGGUUCUCCAUAGGAGAGAGUGCACAGACAGAGGCCUAUGUUCAUCCGAAUGGUAGAGCAUCUUUUGGGCCAAUAUUAUUUCACCCUUCAAAUCGUUGUGGGUGGAGAACUUCGGCACUGAUAAGGAACAAUCUUUCAGGUGUUGAAUGGUUAUCUUUGAGGGGAUUUGGAGGGUCAGUUUCUCUAGUCCUGUUUGAGGGUUCAGAUCCCAUCCAGAGUGUAGAAUUUAACCUUAGUUUGCCACCUUCUCUGAACAUCUCUCCUCCACAAAUGUUUUUUAACAUGGAGGAGACUACUUAUGCAUGUUCUCGACCAUUUUCAAAAGAGCUGUAUGCCAAGAACACCGGAGACUUGCCGCUUGAGGUAAGAAGCAUUGAGGUUUCUGGGACACAGUGUGUAGUUGACGGUUUUAUGGUGCAUAGUUGUAAAGGUUUCUCUCUUGAACCUGGAGAGUCAACAAAGCUUCUGAUAUCAUACCAGCCAGAUUUUUCAGCAGCUAUGGUACAUAGAGAUCUUGAACUGGCUUUGGCUACAGGCAUUUUUGUCAUACCCAUGAAGGCAACUCUCCCAGUUCAUAUGCUUAAUCUUUGUAAGAAAUCAGUGUUCUGGAUGCGGCUAAAGAAACUCUCUAUCGCAAUUCUUCUUUCUGCUUCUUUAUUGUUUCUCAUAUUCUGUUUCAUUUUUCACCAAGCGAUGGUCUUGGGCUCCCAAGAUUACUUUUACAAGAGUGAGAAGAACCCAAUCAGUACAAUCAGGACUGGAGGAAAAUCUUCUCGCGUCAAUUGUAAUCAGAAAAACAGUAAGUUUUCUAUUUCAGCUGAAAUGGAUGGUUUGUUAAGUUCAGUUGGGAAUGCUAAAUCUUUGAAGGAGCUGUCUAAUGUUGGAUACCCAAAUAGCCAGGUUAGGGCCAAGGAACAGGGGUUAACUGAUCAAAAUGCAAAACUAACUCAGGAAAAUGACAGGGAAAUUAACAGUUUCUUAGAUCCUCAGAGGGAAAUUUCAUUGCCAUCUUUGCCCUCAAAAUCUGCAGUGGCUGAAAAUCCUGAUAUAAAGGAAGCCCAUCAAGCUGUUAACCUCACAAUUAGGAUUGGGAAAGAAAAGGGAAGAAGGCGAAGGAAAAGAAAAGGUGGAUUUAAAGAAUUGAUUGAAGUGUCAAGUAGUCAAAGUGGAAAUUCUACACCUUCAUCCCCCCUCUCCCCUAUAACAUCUGUAACACCUAAUCGCACAUGGUCACUCUCUCCUGAUAUGUGCCAAUCUGUUGAGGCUAGGAACCCUUCUGUACAAUCAGCUGACCAAACAUGUGGGAAGGGUAAAGUUUCUGAACCUAUUUUCAAAGCAAAUGUGUUGGGUCCUAGGGUUUCCGUGGAGCAUGGUAGCAACAAUUGGUAUUCUUUGAUACAAGAGCAGUCUACAUUACCAAGAAAAAUUGUUUCAAAACCUGUUCUCUUGCCGUCUGCUACUUUUCCUAGUGCCAGAAGGGCUACCCCCAGUAUGCCCAGCCCCUCUUCUUCUUUGGCUUCAACAUCUGUUAUUGCUCCUCGGGCUUGUGCUCGUGCUCCUGGGUCCAAACUCUCUGACCAGAAAACCACAAAAGCGGGUAGAAAGGGUAGACUGGGAGAUGAAUAUACAUAUGAUAUUUGGGGUGAUCAUUUUUCUGGACUCCAUUUAAUGGGUAGUUCAAGGGAUGUUGCCAUGAAUUCCAGCUCUACAGAAAAUGACUCUGAUAGUUUCUUUGUAAGGGGCCCACAAACCCUCAUGAAAAAAUCUCAACCAAGAUUUGCAAGUUGUUUCAAUCAAGAAGGGUAAUAAUAAAUUACUUGAUAACUGUUACAUGUUUUGCAUCCCUAAAGUUAUUUUCUUUUCUGUUAUAAAGGUCUAAUGCACUGAUAAUACUUGUCUGUAUGUGUUUGCUACAUACAUACAUGCAUACUCAUGCAUGUUCAUUUUUGCAUGUACAUACAGAUGUUACCUCAUGGUUACUAUUAUUUUACUGUGUUUUCCAUCUAGUCUAGAUUCCUCAUUCCUCCAAGAUCACCCUGGUUUUCUGCCUCAACUUUUAGAAGAAGGUCUCACUUUGCCUGCUUGUAAUUUGCAAGAAUUUUCCUUCUUCUACUGAUAAGCAUCUGAUAUGCGGAGUGGUUUCUCACACUAAUUAUUCUUUUGAGUUCUAUACUAGUCUAUUCUUCUCUGUUGAUGUGCGUGUCUCUGUUACCCUCUUUUAUGUGUUGGCAUGUGUCUCAGUUGAUGGAGGAUAGCAUUUUUAUUGGCCUGGGAGGAUAGCAUGUCAUUUGCCUGUUCUGGACCUUCCAUUUAUCUAUUUAGGAUAGCCUCUGAAUUGUAGGUUACUGAAGACACCUAGCCUAGUUUUUAAAACCUUGGUUAUAGGGCCAAAGUCUGAAGUUCAAAUCUCCACAACUGACUCAUAGUGAGAUUUUUUAUGUAUCAGAAGUGGUAUUCUAAAAGUAAUCAUUAGGAAGCCGAAAUGUUUAAUACUGGAUGAUGGUAUAUUUAUGCUGUCAAACUGAUUAAGCGUAACCACUUCAAGAAAUAUGUUUUUACUUUUAUCAUUAUAGGAAAAUAUAGAUUCCUCAUUUCAUUCCAGGGCUGGCAUCAAUUUGAGUCUGGAUGUUUGGACUUUUACAUGUUUAGUGAUUGUUUCCUAGUAGCAGAAUAUCAACUGAAUUACUUUGAUCCUGGUGUGUUUGAACAUUUAUUUGUGUGAUUUGCAGAUAUACAAUGAUGAGUGCAUGGUGGGUAUGAGUGUGAGUUAGUAGCUGAAAAAUGAAGUUAAGAACUUCUUUUCUUUUCAUAUGCUAGAAUUUCUGAUGUCUAGAGCAGUCUACUUGUUAGUUCUAAAGACUCAUGCUCAUUGAUAGACUAGAGUGCUGAUCAACUGACCCUUAACCCUAGAUAUCGAAUCUGUAAUCCUUGUGCAUAUCCCUUUAUAUAGGUAAUAUGUCGUUCUUGUCAAAACUUUUACAAACAUUUGGUACACUUUUUAAGCUUUCUUUAGCCGUACAUUUUUUCCCCUCAUGGAAAUGAUCAUGUUAGCAGGAAACAACAAUUAAGCUAUUCUUUUGCCUUUUUAUCCUUCAUUCCUAGCAUCUGAUUCUGUAAUGAAAAAGCUGACAGUUGCCAUGUACAUGUUUACUCUUGGACCAAAAGUUUAUUGGAACCUGUCUCAAUAAAAUUCUAUUGAAAUUUCUGUUUUGUUGUAACUUAAAAUAAUAAUAAUAAUAAUAAUAUGCUCCAAUCAUCUCUCGAGAGCAUCCAAUAUUCUAUACUGAUAAACUGUUUGCAGUUAACCGCACUAGAUGUUUCUUUACCUAGGUAAUAUAAAACUUUUGACAUGACUGAUGGUGUGUUUCCUUGUGUGCAUCACUGCACUUCAUAGUACAAGGCAUGCAUACUUUUUGUGCUGCAUGCAUUUAGAGGAUAAUGGAUUUCUGACAAGGCAUGCACACUAUGGUGGAUCUCUGGAUGUUAGUAUCCAUGACUAAUGCUUAUUUGAGUUCAUGGACGUCUACAUUGUGCAUACAUUUCUUAUUUUUUAAUUUAUUUUUUUGAUUUACUAUAUAAUACAAAGAAAUAAGUUUGUGUGUGUUAUGACUCUAGGAGUAGGAACUAGUAAUAGAACUAAUUUUUUAUUGUCUACUGAAUUUAGUGGAGGGGACUUUGGACGGGAUAAGCUCAUAUACUUCCAUCAUUAGUUACUUUUACAAACCUAAAUGUAUCAAAGUGAUUAACAGACUUUGAAAUAAUGCUCAAAAUAGCGCUAUACCAGUUAGUUCUGAUGAGUUAAUUACUUGAUACAUUUUACAGUAAAUUUAAGAUUUUACUCCUGAUUGUUUUAGUUCUGUUGCCUGCUUGUGGAUGCUACUGAUAAAUUAACACUGGUUGGUUGAUCCAAUGAAAUUGAUGUGGAUUCAAACAUCCUAAGAAUAAAGUACUUCCACAAAGAAUGAGGUAGCUGGAAGUAGAGUCUCAGAAAUUGAUGACUGCCUAAAUGGGGAUGAAAAGAAGCUGUAGGCACUGGGUAGUAUUUUUCUGUAGGCUGUAGCCAUGCUAAACUAUGUGGCCUAGACUGCUGCCAAGACUUUCAUAGCAAUGCUAGAUGGUCUGCAUUUGUUCCCAUCUAUGUAGAAUAGGCCUGUAUUCAAGGUGAUGUUCCUCAUUUGUUCUCAUCUAUAUUUUCAAAACCAUCAUAGAUUAGUUGAUAAUAUUUCUAUUGAACUGUUUCUAUUAGCAAAUUUUAGGAUUAGCUUUGGGGCUAAAAUAGGUUUUGAAGGAUUGUGUCACAAGUUUACUCCGAGUGGAAAGGCAUGUUAUAUGAGAAGGAAAGUAUUGGUUCAAAUUUAGAUUCCAAGACCCUCAUUAUGGCAAUUAUUGGGGAAAACAUUGUUUUUUAAUCUUGUUUUAGUUACAGAAUUCUGUGCAUUAGGAUAAAAUAAAUAAAGAAAUUGAUCACAUGCCUCUUGAAAUUCUUGAUGUAUUUUCAAUUUCCAUUUGCUUUCUGUUGUUAAAUUGCUUUUACAGCAGUCUAGUUUGUUUCUA